AUGCCCGGGGAGGCUGCCCGUGCCGAGCCGCUGCUGCCGGAGGCGGGCAGGCCCGGGCCCCGCACAGAGUCGUCCUGUGAUGUGGCCGCAGCCACCAGCCCGAGAGGGGACCGGCCGCAGCACUGUGCCCUGACCCCCGGACCCAGCGCCCUGGCCCUGGAGUUUCUGCCCAGCAAGCCGGGCGCCCGGCCCCCGCCGGAGGGAGCCAGCUGGGAUGCAGGGCCGGGCGGCAGCCCCUCGGCGUGGGCGGUGCCCGCAGAAGGCAGCCCCAGCCCGGGGUCCCCCGAGGCCCAGCCCGCCGGGGGUCCUCCCCCAGCCACCCUGGAGCCCCGGAUCGUGAUGGGUGAGGAGACCCGCCGGGCGCCCCCGCCAUCCAGGGCAGCCCUGCCAGAGCUCAGGGACCGGGAGGGUGGGCGCCCCAGCCUGGACCCACCCCCCGAGUUGUGUUCUCAGGGUGACCCUCCUGUGCCUUGCCCUGCCCCAGACCCUGACCCCUACUUCACGCCGCCCUCCACCCCCACCGAGAGCGCCUCUGCCCUGCUCCUUGGCCCCGGGCCCCGCAGGGAGGCCCGGGACGCCCCGGCUGAGCCAGGGGACUCGCCGCCCGCCUCACCCUCGGGCUCCUACAUCACGGCAGAUGGGGACAGCUGGGCCUCGUCUCCGUCCUGCUCCCUGAGCCUGCUGGCCCCGGCCGAAGGGCUGGACGUGCCCUCAGGCUGGGGCCUCUCCCCAGCGGGCUCGGUGGCUGACGAGGAGUUGUCUCCCACGGGGCCCGCCGGCCCCCCGACCCCAGAGUCCAGCGUCUCGGCCGACAGUAGCUCCUCCUGGGGCCAGGAGGGCCACUUCUUCGAGCUGGACUUCCUGGCCAACGACCCCAUGAUCCCCGCCGCCCUCCUGCCCUUCCGAGGCAGCCUCAUCGUCCAGGUGGAGGCCGUGGAGGUGACGCCGAGGGCCCCCGAGGACGAGGACGAGCAGGAGGAGGGGGUCCCUGCCCCCGGAGGGGACCCCGCCGGGGAGGGCGAGGACGACAGCACGUUCGCGUCCUCCCUGCAGUCCCUGUCUGACCUCUCCAUCACCGAGGGCAUGGACGAGGCCUUCGCCUUCCGGGACGACGCCUCGGCAGCCUCUUCCGACCCCGACUCGGCCUCCUACGCGGGGGCAGACGAUGACAGGCUGUACAGUGAGGAGCCCCACGCGCGGCCCGCUGCCCUGCGCCAGGACAGCCCUGGCGAGCCCGCUCCCGCCGCCCCCGAGCAGGGGGCCUGCCGAGCCACCGAGCGCCAGGAGCCGGGCGCCCGGGUCCCCGGGGCGGGCCAGGCCUCCGCUGCUGCCGCCGCCGCCACAUCCCCUCACACCCCGCGGGAAGCCCCAGGCCUCUCCGGGGGGAGCCCCCAGGCCUGGAGGGAGGAGGCAGACUCCCUCUCGGGUCCAGCACCUGCUGCCCCGGGCAGAGCUCAGCCCUUAUGGGAGGAUGACAGCACGGCCUUAGGCCUGGGCCCUUGGACCGCCCCGGAAGAGGGAGCCCUCACGCCAAGCCCAGAUUCUCUGCAGAAGCUGGAGAAAGAAGCAGGCCAGGACCCUGACUCUGUGGCCACACCCCUGCCCCUGCAGGACGCGGGCCUCCCCUUAGGCCAGGCGCCCGCUUCUCUGGUCAGCCCUGUGCCCCAGCCGGGAGAAACAGACAGGACCUUACUCCAGGACCCUGACUCUGUGGCCACACCUCUGUCCCUGCAGGACGUGGGCCUCCCCUCAGACCGGGGGACCCCCACUGGGGCCAGGCUUGAGAUCCUGCAGAAAGGUGCAGGCUGCAUGCCAGGAAUCGAACCUGUGGUCACUGCAGCCCAGCACGAAGGACAAGUGACCUUGGAACUGAGGCCAGCACCUGAGGAGAGGGACACAAGCUGCACUGGAGGCCCGGAGCCUCCAGCCUGGGACCAGGCCCAGCUGGAUGGCCUGGAGCCAGCUGCAGAUGCUGGGACACCCUGGGCCUCAUGGGGAACUGCAGGCGCCUCCAAGCCUGACAUGGAGGCCCUAGAUUCCCCCAAGCCUGCCACAGAGGCUGUGGAACGCCCUGGACCUGACACAGAGGCCACAAUUUGCCCCAAGCCUGUCACGGAAGCCCCAGAACACCCAGAAUCUGCCACGGAGGCUGUAGAAUGCCUGGAGUCUGCCACAGAGGUCCUGGAAUACCCUGAGCCUGCCACAGAGGCCCCGGAACAUUCUGAGCCUGCCACGGGGGCCCCAGAAUGCCCAGAGCCUGCCACAGAAGCCCCGGAACAUUCUGAGCCUGCCACAGAGGCCCUGAAAUGCCCAGAGCUUGCCACAGAGGCCCCGGAACAUUGUGAGCCUGCCACAGAGGCCUCAGAAUGCCCAGAGCCUGCCACAGAGGCCCCGGAACAUUCUGAGCCUGCCACAGAGGCCCCGGAACACCCAGAGCUUGCCACAGAGGCCCCAGAACAUUCUGAGCCUACCACGGAGGCCCCAGAACAUUCUGAGCCUGCCACAGAAGCCCCAGAACAUUCUGAGCCUGCCACGGAGGCCCCGGAACACCCAGAGCCUACCACGGAGGCCCCAGAACAUUCUGAGCCUGCUACAGAGGCCCUGGAACACCCAGAGCUUGCCACAGAGGCCCUGGAACAUUCUGAGCCUGCCACGAAGGCCCCGGAACACCCAGAGCCUGCCAUGGAGGCCCCAGAACAUUCUGAGCCUGCUACAGAGGCCCUGGAACGCCCAGAGCUUGCCACAGAGGCCCCGGAACAUUCUGAGCCUGCCACAGAAGCCCCAGAAUGCCCAGAGCCUGCCACGGAGGCUCCGGAACAUUCUGAGCCUGCCACAGAGGCCCCAGAAUGCCCAGAGCCUGCCAUGGAGGCCCCGGAACAUUCUGAGCCUGCCACGGAGGCCCCGGAAUGCCCAGAGCCUGCCACGGAGGCCCCAGAACGCCCAGAGCCUGCCACGGAGGCCCCGGAACGCCCAGAGCCUGCCACAGAGGCCCCGGAACAUUCUGAGCCUGCCACAGAAGCCCCAGAAUGCCCAGAGCCUGCCACGGAGGCCCCAGAAUGCCCAGAGCCUGCCAUGGAGGCCCCGGAACAUUCUGAGCCUGCCACAGAGGCCCCAGAAUGCCCAGAGCCUGCCACAGAGGCCCCAGAACACCCAGAACCUGCCACGGAGGCCCCAGAACAUUGUGAGCCUGCCAUGGAGGCCCCAGAAUGCCCAGAGCCUGCCACAGAGACCCCCAAACAUUGUGAGCCUGCCAGGGAGGCCCUGGAAUGCCCAGAGUCUACCACGGAGGCCCCGGGACAUUCUGAACCUGCCACAGAGGCCCCGGAAUGCCCAGAGCCUGCCACGGGGGCCCCGGAAUGCCCAGAGCCUGCCACAGGGGUCCCAGAAUGCCCAGAGCCUACCACAAAGGCCCUGGAACGCCCAGAGCCUGCCACAGAGGCCCCGGAGUUUUCUAAGCCUGCCACAGAGGCCCUGGAAUGCCCAGAGCCUGCCACAGAGGCCCCAGAACACCCAGAGCCUGCCACAGAGACCCCAGAACAUUCUGAGCCUGUCACGGAGGCCCCGGAAUGCCCAGAGCCUGCCACGGAGGCCCCAGAAUAUUCUGAGCCUGCCACGGAGGCCCCAGAAUGCCCAGAGCCUGCCACGGAGGCCCCAGAACGCCCAGAGCCUGACACAGAGGCCCCGGAGUAUUCUAAGCCUGCCACAGAGGCCCCGGAAUGCCCAGAGCCUGCCACAGAGGCCCCAGAACACCCAGAGCCUGCCACAGAGACCCCAGAAUAUUCUGAGCCUGCCACGGAGGCCCCAGAAUGCCCAGAGCCUGCCACGGAGGCCCCAGAACACCCAGAGCCUGCCACGGAGGCCCCAGAAUGCCCAGAGCCUGCCACGGGGGCCCCAGAACAUUCUGAGCCUGCCACAGAGGCCCCAGAAUGCCCAGAGCCUGCCACGGGGGCCCCAGAACAUUCUGAACCUGCCACAGAGGCCCUGGAAUGCCCAGAGCCUGCCACGGAAGCCCCGGAAUGCCCAGAGCCUGCCACGGGGGCCCCGGAACACCCAGAGCCUGCCACAGGGGCCGCAGAACACCCAGAGCCUGCCACGGGGGCCCCAGAAUGCCCAGAGCCUGCCACGGGGGCCACGGAAUGCCCAGAGCCUGCCAUGGGGGCCCCGGAACGCCCAGAGCCUGCCACGGGGACCGCAGAAUGCCCAGAGCCUGCCACUGGGGCCCCGGAAUGCCCAGAGCCUGCCACGGGGACCGCAGAACACACAGAGCCUGCCACAGAGGCCCCAGAAUGCCGAGAGCCUGCCACGGGGGCCUCAGAACAUUCUGGGCCCACCACAGAGGCCCCGGAAUGCCCAGAGCCUGCCACGGGGGCCCCGAAAUGCCCCAAGCCUGCCACGAAAGCUCCAGAAUGCCCAGAGCCUGCCACAGGUCCCCCUAGGCUUGCCAUGGAGGCCACAGACCCACCCAAGCCUGCCUCCAUUGGAGAGGAAGUAGCUGAGGGCCUGUUGGCACCUGAGCAGGGAACCGGUCCCAGUGCCUGUGUGCGUGCUGGUGAUGGAGCUGAGCCCCACUUGCCCCUGAAGGAGGCCCCAGGGGGUGAGAAUCAAGGGGCUGGAGGCCUUGAGUCAGCACCCCAGGGUGCUAGGAAGGCUCCUGGGGAUAGUGGCCCAGAGGUACAUCCUGCUGCCCGCCCCGAGGUUGGCCCUACAUGGCCCCAGAGCCCAGCGGAGGAGGGAAGAGCCAACCCUGAGCCCAGGUCUCCUGUUGCUGUGGCCUCAGAAGCUGGGCUGAGCCCCUGCUCCGAGUUUCCACCGAGGUUCGUGCCCAGGCCUGGCAGGGGCUGCCCCAAAGAGCCUGCCCCCACCUCUCCAGCACCCUCUCGGCAGCCGGAGCCCGUGCUGGGCCCAGGCAGUGGAGAGUGGGCACAGGUAGCACCCGGAAGCCCCAGCUCGUCCCCAGCACAAGCCCCCAAAAGCCCUGCCAGGGGCCUGCCCAGUGUGCCCCAAGACAGGCUUCUCGUCCCAGAGCCCCCUGCUCCUGGGGUCCCCACAGAGGCAGCCCCAUGCCCCAUGGCACCCCUCGCCCCCUGCCCUUGCCAGGGCCCCAGGGAAGACUCGGAGGAGGGCAAGGAGUCCCCGGGCUCUCCGGGCCUCCAGCCGCCACGGGCAGGAGCCCAGCGGGCGGUGGCUGCCUUCUCAGGAACCACGAAACCUCCUGGGGCCGGGCAUCGGGUCGGCCUCCCACCCCACUCCCCGAUCCUCAGCCCCAAGAUGGCCCCCACGGGGGACACCCAUGCCAAAGACCAGGCCUGGCGGAUCUCGACCCCCUGCCAAGUGCCUCCUGGCCCUCGAGGGCUCCCAGCCGCCGAGCAGCAAGAUGACCAGGACAGCCUGGAGGAAGACUCGCCGCCGAGGGCUCCGGGAUCCGGCCAGCACUCGGACAGCCACGGCGAGUCGUCUGCAGAGCUGGAGGAGCAGGACCUCUCAGGAGCGCAGACGGCACAGUGCCCGGCCCAGUCCCCGGCAGGUGGCAGCAGCGAGGAGACCGUGGCCAAAGCCAAGCAGAGUCGUAGUGAGAAGAAAGCCCGAAAGGCUAUGUCCAAGCUGGGCCUGCGGCAAAUCCAGGGGGUCACCCGGAUCACUAUCCAGAAGUCCAAGAACAUCCUGUUUGUCAUCGCCAAGCCCGACGUCUUCAAGAGCCCAGCCUCGGACACCUACGUGGUCUUCGGCGAGGCCAAGAUCGAGGACCUGUCCCAGCAAGUGCACAGAGCUGCUGCUGAGAAGUUCAAAGUGCCCGCGGAGCCUUCCGCCCUGGUCCCCGAGUCCGCGCCCGGGCCGCUGGUGAGGCCCGAAUGUGAGGAGGAGGAGGAGGAGGAGGAGGAGGAGGAGGUGGAUGAGGCAGGGCUGGAGCUCCGUGACAUUGAGCUGGUGAUGGCGCAGGCCAACGUGUCGCGGGCCAGGGCGGUGCGGGCCCUGAGGGACAACCAGAGCGACAUCGUCAACGCCAUCAUGGAGCUCACCAUGUAG